AUGUUCACCCACAUCCACAACAACACUUGCAACAAUCAAAAGGCAGUAGUGAUCCCAAAGCUCACAAAGUCCGACAUUCGGUCCAUCACCAAGGCUCAAAAGGUAGAGCACCUCUACGACAAGGCUACUACUACGCAAAAACCUCCACAACAACACCGACUCGUCACCCAUUCUCCCAAGGUAAUAAGCGACCACGGACGCUGGCAUGUGACUUGUUCCGUGCAAGAUUCUAUCAAUGGAAGAAUUCACACGGUGGCUUGCAGUGGUGUCACGGGUGGAAAAGAAUUUAGUUCGGUCUGUAGUGCCUGCUCGACGACACUCUGCGUCUGCGAACAUGCCGUGACGGUGCUUUUGGCAUGUGUCGAUACGGACGAAGAAGAACGACGACGACUCUGUGAGGCAUUGGAUAAGAAUCAGUCCCGAAAACGAAGCUUUGAUGCGACAACUUCGGCAGGUGGUGUGUUUGUGGUACUGCAAGCCAUGUCCGAAAUGGAACGAGGAUACAGUUAUGGAGAUCAUCGAGAUCCCAAAGAACACUACAACCCAGAGAUAUUGGGCGUUUUCAGGAGUCUCCCCAUGGCCAAUGAACGGGCCAGAAAAGCCAUUCAAGAAAUCAAGGAAAACAGCAAACUGUACUGCUGCAAUAACAAUAAUAGCAAUGGAGAUACCGAUGAGGAUGAUAACAGCAGUGACGAUGAUGACGAUGACUCCAAUGAUUCCGAUCCCAUUCAAUGGAAAGGAGAAGAGUCAUCCAGUCCAACGGAUGGUGAAAUCCCUUCGGUCUGGGUGGAGCAUCAUGACAUUCAAGAUUCACCCAAACGUUCCCGAAGGUAG